CGAGGUGGCGGCCGAGGUGGCGGCUGCGGCGGCCGCCGCGGAUGCAGAUGCGGAUGAGACCCUCGGGGACUGUGAGGGGAACCCAGAUUUUCAGAUGGCCUCCCUGUACGUGGGCGACCUGCACCCUGAGGUGACCGAGGCAAUGCUGUACGAGAAGUUCAGUCCAGCUGGGCCCAUCCUCUCCAUCCGCAUCUGCAGGGACAAGAUCACCCGCCGCUCGUUGGGCUACGCGUAUGUCAACUACCAGCAACCGGUGGACGCCAAGCGGGCCCUGGAGACCCUGAACUUUGAUGUCAUAAAGGGCAGGCCAGUGCGCAUCAUGUGGUCCCAGAGGGACCCGUCGCUCCGCAAGAGCGGGGUGGGCAACGUCUUCAUCAAGAACCUGGGCAAGACCAUCGACAACAAGGCGCUGUACAACAUCUUCUCGGCGUUCGGCAACAUCCUCUCCUGCAAAGUGGCCUGUGACGAAAAGGGGCCCAAGGGCUACGGGUUCGUGCACUUCCAAAAGCAGGAAUCUGCGGAGCGGGCCAUCGAUGUGAUGAAUGGCAUGUUCCUGAACUACCGCAAAAUUUUCGUCGGGAGAUUCAAGUCUCAUAAAGAACGAGAGGCCGAAAGGGGAGCCUGGGCCAGGCAGUCCACUAGUGCUGACGUCAAGGAUUUCGAGGAAGACACCGACGAGGAGGCCACCUUACGAUGAAGACAUCCCAGGAGCUAGCCAGCCAGCAGAGCCAAACCUUGGCUCACACCCGGUUUACAACCCCCCACCCCCAGCCCUCCCCCGCCAACCCACCAGCAGUGUAUUUAUUGUAUUGAGAGUGCAGGUCUCUCUCUCCCUCUCUCCCCCUCUCUCUCCCCGCUUCCUAUUUUCUCCCUCCACCUCUCCUCUCCUUCCCUUCCUCUCCCCCGCCCACCCCCACCAAGGGCGUUGUGAAUAAUCUUACUAAUCUGUGCCAUUUGUAGGUUAAAGGCUGCCUCUUCUCCCUGUGGUUUGGUUUAAAAAGCAUUUUCAUUCUCUCUUUGUUUACUGCACAGGUGGUACAGUUUCAUGGUAGAAUCAUCAGAAAGGAGAAGGAUAUCAGAUGAGGGAGGAAACAAGAGAGUAAUUGCUCCCCUGGUCCUACUCCCCAGAGAGAACCACUUUUACCUUUUUGGCUUAUGAAACGUCAUCUUCAGUGCCUGCAGAGUGCUCCAGUGUAUCCGUGGACCUUAACAUUUCUGUAAUCAUUCCCGCAUUGUUGGACAUUCAGGUGGUGCCUAGUUCUUUCCCUGUGUUUAAGACCAACAUUGCGUGCUCUGUGCUUUGAUGAGUGAAUCCUUCCUUGUCAAGCCAAAUCUUUGCUAGCAUCCCGGUGGUCUCCUUAACUGCGGACUUGCAAGAUCCACAUAUAGACAUUUUAAAGACUUUUCCUGUGUGUUGCCAAAAGGCCCCCUUCAUAAGCAUUGUACCGAUUUGCACUCGUGCCGGCCAGCGCAGCUAGUAAAGAGUAUGCCCGUUUCCCCUGCAUAGUCUCCUGGUCACUGUAAUUGAUCGUGUGUGUGCGUGCGUGCGUGCGUGUGUGCAUGCGUGUGUGUGUCUUUGUGUGUGUGUCUUGGCCAGCUUGGCGGGCUGCGAAGGGUGUUUCCCUGUCCUCGGUGGUUUUGCUGCAGUCAAACACUGUUUAUUACCCCCUUCCCCUGUGCCCACUUCCUGUCCUUUUCCCUGUUGUCAGAAAAGUAAUGCAGCGUCAUUGCAAGAAAAAAAAUAAUCACAAAGCAGACAAGUUACCAGAAGAAAAUUAUUGUCACCAGUAAUCGUUUCUGAUGAUUACUUAUACAUUCCUGAAACAUUUUCAUCUGUAUCUGCCCUGUAUUUUUCAUGAUAUAUAUGUGAAAUUAUUGUAUAUACUGUUUCAAUAUCUGCUUUUUCACACAUAAAUAUAUAUUAUAGACAUAGAUUUAUAGAUAUUCUUGAACUUUCAUGUCAUUAAAUAUUCUUCUAAAAUAGUUUUCAUGGAUGUUUAGUGCUCUAAUGUGUGAUUGGGCUUGAUAGAGUGAUAGAUAUAUGUACAUAUUAGAUAUUGAUAUAGGGAUAUAUUUGUUUUAAGUAAUUAUUGGACGUCUGGGUUGUUUCAUUUUGUUUUCUUAUGCAAGCCAAAGCUGCCAACAAGAUCACAGUGCACAAACAUUACAUUCAUGUUUAUUUCCUGAACAAAAGUUAAUAGUAUAAUUGAAGGAUGAAAAGAUAUGGGAGGUUUAAAAUCUUCUUUUUCCCUUCUUUAGUAAGUGACCAUUGAUAAAGAUAGUACCAAUUUACCCUCAUAAAAUAUGCAGAUAUUGUGAGUGUACCUGGACACCUGUACAGUUUUUGAGACUUGGUAUUAAAUUAUUUAUAAUUUGA